GAUGUAUUCAGAUCUCUCGGACGGGAAUUUAUUUUCAGGGGAGAAGCGCUAUAGCAUAGGAAAAAGAGAAGAAAGCAUUUCAAUGAGUGUAGCUCCUGGUCCGCGUGAUUACGAUCAUCUCUUCAAAUUGCUUAUCAUUGGUGACAGCGGAGUUGGGAAAAGUAGUUUAUUGCUUCGAUUUGCAGACAACACAUUCUCCCCGAAUUAUAUUACAACUAUCGGUGUUGAUUUUAAAAUUCGAACGGUUACGAUCAAUGGGCAACGAGUGAAAUUACAAAUUUGGGAUACAGCUGGUCAGGAAAGAUUUCGCACCAUCACUUCUACUUACUAUCGCGGAACGCAUGGUGUAAUUGUUGUGUAUGAAGUGACAAGUGGUGAUUCAUUCAGUAACGUGAAAAGAUGGCUACAUGAAAUCGACACAAAUUGUGAAAAUGUUCAGAAAGUUCUCGUUGGUAACAAAGCUGAUGAUCCAGAACGGCGAGUGGUAUUAGAAGUUGACGCUCGUCGUUUUGCAGAAACAAUGAAAAUUCCAUUCUUCGAAACCUCCGCUAAAGAAAAUAUCAAUGUUGAAGAGAUGUUCAACUGCAUAACACGGUUAGUGCUAGAAGCAAAGCUUCGAGCUCCUCAACCAAACAUUGCUGAUAGUGGCGGUGGUGUGCGAUUGGGUGGCUCUAGUCUGAGACGACAUGAAAAAAGGAAAUGUUGUAGCUGAAUGGCGAACAGAUAUGGUCUUCAGACGUUGCUUUGCUAUGAAUCAUUUGGAAGGAGCCAAUUAAAGUAUUUGUUUCGAGAUUUGUAUGUGAUAUGUUAACACCUAAAUCGUGCUUUAUGUUAAGGCAAGUUAUUUUAGCUGAAUUAGAUUAACUGAACUUUUCUUGACUACCGUCCGAAAAAAAUUCUCAAAUUUCGG